AAAACCAAGUAUGUGUUGUAGAAGCUGGAGGAGGGGGAGUCAGUAAUUACACAGAGGGAGAGAGAUGUCAGGCUACAAACAGAAACAGAGGCAGACGGAGAAAGGGACGAUAUAACGACAGAAGAAGAAGGAGAAGAAGAAGAAGAAGUGAAGGACUGUAAGAGCGUCUCAUCUUAUUCCUUCAGUCUGGAUCUCCUGGACUCCACAGAUUGACUUCUACAUCCUCUCCCAGCUGGACCUGGACCGUCCACCUGUCUGCAGGACUACCAGGGCCUCCCUUCAUUAUUGUGCUUUUCCAUCCAUGUGAGACCCUGAAGAGGAUGGGAGCCCCUGGUUUCUCUCUCGCCCUCCUGGUGCUCCUCUCUUCUCCCGUCCAAGCUCAGUGGUGGAGUUUUUUCUUUGCGAACCCCAAACCCAGCCCCAGAGCUUCUCCUGCCUCCAUCACCUCUCCAUCUCCAUCUCCAUCUCCAUCUAACACCUCCCCGGGCCCUUCAGAACACCCGGGGACAACCGAAUGGGGGGGUAGUACUCAGACGGAGAGCCCCACACCCGUUCUCGGAGUUUGGGUCAGUGCGUACAGCACCGCUGAACCUGUGACGUUACCUCCAGAGGAGAACGCAGAUGGAAGCAGCAAAGCCAGGGCUCAGUACAAACCACUGAAACGCUGGAAGAAUGAGCGAGGCUCAGGAGGUCAUCUUGACCUGAUGGAGUUAAUCGGCGUCCCCCUUCCUCCCUCGGUGUCCUUCACUCCUGGAUAUGAAGGGUUUCCUGCCUACAACUUUGGGCCUGAAGCCAACAUCGGUCGACUCACCAAGACCUUCGUUCCAGGGCCGUUCUACAGGGACUUUGCCAUCAUCGUCACGGUGCGUCCCACGACCCAGAGAGGUGGCAUCCUCUUCGCCAUCACCGACGCCCGUCAGAAGGUGGUGGAGCUGGGCCUGGCCCUGACCCCGGUCCGAGGGGGUCUCCAGAGCAUCCUGCUGUACUACACCGACAAAGAGCAGGCCACGCACAGCCACAAAGCCGCAGCCUUCAGCGUCCCAGAUAUGACCGACCAGUGGACACGCUUCACGAUGGUGGUGGAGCAGGACGAGGUGCGUCUCUACAUGGACUGUGGCGAAGCUGAGAGGGCUACCUUCCACCGGAGGACGGACAGACUGGCCUUCUCACACGACUCGGGCAUCUUUGUUGCAAAUGCAGGGAGCACGGGCCUCGACAAGUUUGUGGGUUCCAUUCAACAGCUGGUGAUAAGAGACGACCCCAGAGCAGCCGAGGAGCAGUGUGAAGACGACGACCCCUAUGCCUCAGGAUACGCCAGUGGAGAUGACGCUCUGGACGACAGGGAGACAGAAGAAGAAGUGAUGAAGCACACACGGGAGAGGAAACCCAGCACGUCACAGGAGGACACGGUUCCGGUCAGAGCUCCGCCCACUCAGGCUCCAGAGGUGGAGCGAGACGAGUACUCAGGUCAACACACGCCGACGGAAUCUAAUGAAGAAAUACUGCUAAGAGGACGCCACAGGACAGAAGAAGCUGGAGAAAGAACAGGAGACACUCACAUCAGACAUGGAUUAAAAGGAGAGCGUGGGGAUCCAGGACCCAGAGGCCCACCAGGCCCACCAGGCCCAGCUGGUCCCCCGGGUCCUUCCUUCGCACCUGGUCAGGAUCAGGCUGGACCACGGGGUCCACAAGGCCCGACGGGGGCCCCAGGAGUCCCAGGACUUCCAGGGAGAGACGGACAGCAGGGAAGCAAAGGUGAUAAAGGAGAUCCAGGUCAGAGAGGACUUCCAGGGUACCCAGGUUUGGCUGGAGAAGCUGGUGCCAAAGGAGAGAAGGGAGAUUCAGGAGUUGGAUUGCCAGGCCCCCCUGGCCUCCCUGGACCUCCUGGGCCCCCCAGAUCACGCAGUGUACCGUACGGAGCAGAUGCCUUGGGUUCUGGAUUUGACGACCUCGAUGCUGACGCUGAGCUCAUCCGGGGUCCUCCAGGUCCACCUGGGCCUCCAGGACCACCAGGCCCCCCUGGACCCCUCCAGUCAUCAUCUGACACUGCAGAGGGUCUUUCCUCUGGUUAUGCUGGACCACCUGGUGCCGCUGGAAAAGACGGGCCACAAGGCAGACCUGGAAUACCAGGUCCACCAGGAAAAGAUGGAGCUCCAGGUCUGCCAGGAGCAACUGGACGGAAGGGUGAUCAAGGUUUACCUGGGCCACCUGGACCAAAGGGUGAAUGUGGGUUUGUAGGCACACCAGGUGUUCCAGGUCCUGAAGGGCCCAGUGGUCCACCAGGGAGGAGAGGCCCAGCAGGUCCAACAGGCCCCCCUGGUCCCCCAGGACCUCCAGGAUCCCAGUUCUUUGUCGAGGAUAUGGAAGGAUCUGGGAAGAGUUUAAUGCUGACCGGAACUGGAGGUAGAGCCCAACAGGGUCCUCCUGGUCUUCCUGGCCCACAAGGACCAAAGGGUGAAGAUGGACCUAUAGGUGCUCCAGGACUGUCUGUCAAGGGUGAACCAGGAGAUCCAGGUCCUGAGGGUCUUCAGGGUCCUGCUGGGCUACCAGGUGCACGGGGAGCCAAAGGAGAAAAAGGCAGUCCAGGACCCAAGGGUGAAUGUGGCACUGAUGGACUCAGUAUCCCAGGACCACCUGGACCACCUGGACCUCCGGGACAAAUUGUUAAUCUGCCAGAUCUGCUCCUCAAUGUUACUGAAGGAAUCUUCAACUUCACCGAGCUCCGAGGACCACCAGGACCCAUGGGACCUGAAGGCUUACCUGGCAGAGCUGGAUUUCCUGGCCCCAGGGGACCAAAGGGAGACCUGGGAAGUCCAGGCGUUCAGGGUCCACAAGGGACCAAGGGAGAGAAGGGGGAGCCAGGUGUGACCAUCGCUGCAGACGGAUCCAUCUUAUCGGCCCCAAGAGGCCCUCAAGGACCAAAGGGCUCCAAGGGUGACCGCGGCUUUCCUGGUCCUCCUGGACUUACUGGCCCAAUAGGACCAUCUGGACCAAAAGGAGAAUAUGGCAUCCCUGGUCGUUCUGGUCGACCUGGAUUACCCGGGAGGAAAGGUGACAAAGGAGACUCUGUUGGUCUGCCGGGACCACCAGGUCCUCCAGGUCCCCCCGGACUUCCAGGAAGAAUUCUGGGACUGAACGGAGAGGCCGUUACAGAUUCACUUGGGUCUAAAGGGAAUAAAGGAGACGUGGGACUACCCGGAGAACCUGGAACACCCACCUUGGUUUUCCCAGAUGGAACUGUGGGUGAUAAAGGUGAGCAGGGAUACCAAGGCCAGAAGGGAGAGAAAGGUGACACAGGCCUACCCGGUCCUCCAGGACUCCCAGGGAGAUCAGGACUGGUGGGUCCAAAAGGUGAAUCCAUCGUGGGCCCUCCAGGACCAGCUGGAGCUCCGGGUCAGCCUGGAGCCCAGGGCUUUGGACGACCUGGUCCCAAGGCCCCCCCUGGCCCUGCUGGCCCCCCAGGACCUGCAGCUGCCUAUGCAUCCGGCAUCAGCAUCCCGGGUCCACCUGGUCCCCCCGGUCCACCUGGAUCUCCUGGAUAUUCCAACCCGGUGAACACCUUUAAGUCGGUCCAAGCCCUGAGCAAAGACACCCACCGGGCUGCAGAGGGAAGUCUGGCCUACGUCUCAGAGAAGGGAGGAGAGCUGUACGUCAGGACACGCAACGGGUGGGCGAAAGUUCAGCUCGGAGAGUUGAUCCAGCAGGGGCCUUCGUCCUCAGCGGCAUCCCAGUCCCUCAGCAGAUCUGGAGAAUGGACUAGACCACAUCGGAUCCACAGUCAGGAGCUGCAGGAGGGCAGUCGGGGUUAUCAGCCGAGCUACAACGUACUGCCGCAGACCUUCAACGCCGUACCCGGGCUCCAUCUGGUUGCUCUGAACGCCCCUCUUAAAGGUGACAUGCGUGGUAUCCGUGGUGCAGACUUCCAGUGCUACCAGCAGGCUCGCUCCAUGGGUCUGACCACCACGUACCGGGCCUUCCUGUCCUCACACCUGCAGGACCUGGCCACCAUCGUGAGGAAGGCGGACCGAGUGGACAUGCCUGUGGUCAACCUGAGGGGCGAGGUGUUGUUCAGCAGCGGAUGUCCAUCUUUUCUGGCAACGGAGGCGCCUUUAAUCCAGCCACGUCCAUCUUCUCCUUCGACGGACGUGAUGUUCUGACCGAUCCAGCGUGGCCUGAGAAGCUGGUGUGGCCACGGCUCCAGCCCGUAGGCAUCCGUCUGACCACCAACUACUGCGAGGCGUGGCGGACGGCGGACAUGGCGGUGACGGGCCAGGCGGCGCUG